AACCUACCGCUGAUUCCAGCCGAUUUGGGUUGGGUUUGAACGGUUUGAACAUAGAUUUAAACGACAGCCGUCCGAAUCCAAUCCAAGUCGUUCACUGAGCUGGCUGGAUCGCUCGCUCGCUCUUUCGUCGAUCGCGCCAUCUCCCAUCUCCCUCUCCGUGGGGUGUGAGGUUGCACUUUCUCUCUCUCUGAACACUUUCUUCUCUGGGGUACGAAGAUUCGGGUUUUAGGAAGUGCCCGGAAAGUUUAAACUCGCCAUAGUCUUUUGAAUUAGGUUUUAGAAUCUUUGUCGGCUUUACUCUGUGACGGCCAGUACCUCUGGACUUGCGCCUGAAAGAGAUGGAUCCCAGAGUGGAAGAUAUACGCCGUGCGAUACGCUCAUUCAAAGAUUUCCCCAAGAAAGGUAUCCUCUUUCGGGAUGUACUUCCCAUAUUCCACAAUCCGGACGUUUUUCGUAAGUUGAUCGACGUUCUUGCCGAGCAAGUCCGAAGCUCCGUGCCAGAUGUGUCGGCAGUUGUGGGCAUUGAGGCUCGAGGCUUCAUCAUUGCACCUGCUCUCGCACUGGCUCUCAACGUGGCUUUCGUGCCUGUGCGCAAACCUGGCAAGCUCCCCGGCACGGUGAAGAGCCAGGCCUACACGUUGGAAUAUGGUGAAGACAAACUGGAAGUCCAGGAAGACGGCUUUCUCAAGGGUCGCAAGGUUGUCAUUGUUGACGAUCUGUUAGCCACUGGAGGGAGUAUGCAAGCAACCACCUCCCUGUUGCACUCUGUGGGUGCCACCGUAUCACUAUGCAUGGUGAUAGUGGAACUAGAAGAACUCGGUGGUCGCCAGAAAGUGACUGCUCCAUUUUACUCUCUUGAGAAGAUGUCAGCUUCGUAAAUGGAAUGAAUGCACACAAGGUUCUUUUUUUUUUAACGAGUUUUAGGCUUCCAAUUCUGGCUAUUUUGGACUACGGUUUGGAAAAUAUUCCUGCAGUUCUCAGGCUACCAAGGUGUUUAAGACUGCUUUUAGAAGAAAGAUGUUAUUGAAACCAAAGGUUGUUUUCAACUUCUAUAUUGGUUUUUUUUUUUUUUUUUUUUUUGCAUUUUUGUAGCUUUGCAGCUUUAAAAAAAAAAAAAAAAAAAAAAAAAAAAAAAGCCAGGUUUUGGAGAGGUGGUGGUUGUAACUAUGUAUGCAAUAAAACAUACUUCUACUCACCGA